AAGUUAGAAAACCCCAAACAGAAUAAAAUUUCAUAGAAGUUUAGGUUAAGUGGUAUUUUUACGAUUUUUAUACUUUCCAGUAUUAUUUUCUUAAUAAAAAAACUUUUAUUAUAUAUAAAAUGGUGACUGAUGGUCAAGAUAACGAACAAAUUAUUUUGGCUACUGGUGGAUAUGAUCAUACUAUAAAAUUAUGGCAAACGCACACAGGAAUGUGCCAUAGGACAAUGCAACAUUCGGAAUCCCAAGUAAAUGCCCUGGAAAUUACACCCGACAAAAAAUUGCUUGCCGCAGCUAGCUACCAACAUAUUAACAUGUAUGAUUUACUUUCUAAUAACCCAAAUUCAAUUGUAAACUAUGAGGGCACUUCGAAAAAUGUUACUUGUGUUGGUUUUAAUGAUGACGGAAGACUAAUGUAUUCAGGUGGUGAAGAUGGUAGGGUGAGAAUUUGGGACUUGAGAAGCAAGAAUAUAAACUGCUCAAACACUUUUGAAACACUUCCUGGUUCAGGAUCAAGUUUAUCUCCGAUUAACUGUGCAGCACUGCAUCCAAAUCAAAUAGAACUGUUUUUGGGAGAUCAAAAUGGAAUUAUCUAUAGAUGGGAUGUUAGAACACCAUUAAAUCAACAAUUUAUUCCUGAAAACGAUGUUACAAUUUUAGACAUAGAUAUUUCACCUGAUGGCACACAAAUGGCUUCCGUAAAUAAUAAAGGAAAUGCUUACAUUUGGAAUUUAAGUUCAACAGAUAUUGAUGGUAAAACAUCUUUGCAGCCAAGACAUAAAUUUACUGCACAUAAACGAGCUGCACUGAAAUGCAAAUAUUCACCUGAUUCGUGUUUCUUAAUCACCACCUCAGCAGAUCAAACGGCAAAAAUUUGGGACACGGAAGAUUAUAAUUUGCAAAAAGAACUGAAACAAGAUAGUCAGAGGUGGGUAUGGGAUGCUGCGUGGAGUGCAGAUAGUCAAUAUGUUUUUACAGCAUCAUCUGAUAGUUGUGCAAAACUUUGGAAUGUAAGCAAAGGUACUAUGGAACGAGAGUAUGCGGGUCAUCAAAAAGCGGUAACAGCGUUAGCAUUUAGGGAUACAGUUAUUAAUUGAUUCAAAUAAUUAGGAUUUAUAGGUUUAGACUGAUUUAUAUUGUAUAACAAAAAAAUAACAAACAUGUUGUAUAUAUCUAUUUA